AACAGUUAUCCCCCAUCACCUUCACCCUGACGCAAAUCAUGGACGCAGCAGAAAAGAUGGAGCGAAAGUUCGCUGCCAGUUUCCUCGAGGGAGAAGAUCACGCUAAAGAAGGUGACUCUACGGAAUUGACCCACGCAAGGAUGGAAUUAGCAGCCCUGCAACAUAAGUUCAAAAAUAUGGGCUUCGUGCCAGGCCCUGUCACCUACCUGGAGCAGGUGGCAGCCCUAUGGCGCCCUCCCGAUCUGGGAGCAGGACCAUCGACGCCCAAGGCGGAUGUACAGACACCUACUCCGGCGGGGAAGAUAGAGGAGUCGAACGCAGUGCUGGACCUUACACGUACAUUGGUUAGCCUCAUGCAAGAAAGCAAAAAAGAACAGCGCGAGUACAAUGCCCGCAUGGAGUCACUGAUGCGUUCCAUGCGUCCCAUUAACGUUCGUGCUGUCCCUUUUGCCACCCAAGCAUCUGCUCCCGCAGCCGCGGGAGCUGGCGCAGGCACGGCCCCUAGGAUUGACAUGUGUUACGUCUGCCAUCAACCUGGCCACAUGGCCCGGGAUUGCCCCGAGCGACAAGUAAGAAUAGGGGCUGCCCCGACAGCUGCAGCUCCCUUAGCUAUCGGGCCUGGAUGUGUAGGAACCAUGGUACUAGAAGAAACGGACGUGGCAGCACUAAGCACAGGGGUAAUCGAGGAAGCCGCAGAGCUCAUCCCACUGGCUCAAUUCCUCUCCUUGGGAUAUCCAGGGCUUGGGAUGAUAAGGGCAAUCCAGCCUGCAGAUGAUGAGCGAGAGAUUUCCGAAUGGCGACCAUCCCCUGGGGAGAUGGAAUUCGGCGGUCCUGAGUUCGUCACCGGGAAGAUCGAGGUUCUGGACAUUGUCCGAGCCUUAGAUCACCGCAUUCCGAUUCCGAUCGGCCAUCUGUUCUCUAUAUCGGAACAGACCAAUGAUCGCAUGCUCCAGCAUUGCAAGGCCAAUCGAAAACGAUUCGCACUCGCCAAGCUGGCAACGGCCAAGGGGAAGGCUCCCGUAAAGGAGACACAGCCGGAUACACCUGGACCCUCAGAGCCUGUACGCCUGAGACUGCUCCAGAAAAGCGACAAUUUUUUGCGCAUUAAAGCUAUCACGUGGAAGUCAGCGGAGUGUAACAUGGAGAUCUGGGGAGUCCCAUACAACACGAACCUUGAUUCUGGGGCAGCAGUGUUGGCAAUAUCCCUGCGAGUAAUGGAACAGGCAGGAAGAAGGAAGGAUCUGAUCCCACUCAACGAAGGAGACCGUUUGAUCUCCGUUGGUGAGGAGAAGAUCAGAGCGUGGGUUCGAUGCCUUAUGGGUAUAUGCAAUGCGCCGACGACUUUUCAGCGGGCAAUGAAUGUCACUUUCCAGAACUUCGUGAACAAGAUCAGGUUAACUCAAGGCAUGAUCAAUUUUUGCGUUAUCGUGUACAUGGACGAUGUUUUGGUGUAUUCUGAAUCAUUCCAUGGACACGCGCAGCAUAUUGAAUGGAUACUUGGCGCGCUGCGGGACGUCGGUUUCAAGAUUUCGUUGGAGAAAAGCGAAUUCUUCUUGUCUGAGAUCUCGUUCCUAGGCUAUGUGGUAACCCCAGGAGGCUUGAGACCGGAUUCGAGGAAGGUCGAGGCUGUUCGAGAAGCACCCACGCCCACGUCAUUGACGCAGGUUCGAGCCUUCUCGGGACUGGCCUCGUACUAUCGACGGUUUGUCAAGGGCUUUGCGGCUAUCGCUCGACCCCUGACGAACCUCCUCCGGAAGGACCAGCCGCUGAACUGGGACGUGGAGUAUCCCGGGACCAUUGCGGACGCUCUCUUCAACUCGGUGAGCGGAGGAGAAGAGGAGGAGGAAGAGGAAGAAGACGAGGAAGAGACCUCCAGAGAAAACAAGGAAGAGACCUCCGAAGAGGACGAGGAUUAUAGUGAGCAUAGUGAGCAUGAGGUGGGGGUGGUGAGUGAAGAAGAAGAAGAAGAAGAAGAAGAAGAGCGGGAGGAGGCUGAAGAACUUGAAGAAGCGGCCGGAGAAGAGGAAGCGGAUCAGGCGGAAGCCCAGGAAGAGGAUCCGGAGGCAGAGCGGCGCAGGGCGGCCAUCGCGGAAGAAAAGCGGUCAUUGGAGCAGUCGGUGGGAGUUGAUCUGCCUUUUCCGGACGACCCGACUAAAGAUCCCGAGCCGCCAGCCAGGGAAGAUGAGCACCCUCAUGCAGAGACUUCUGGCACGGCGACACGCAGGCGAUCCCGCUCCCCCUCCCCUUCCCCCCGUCCCUCAGUUCGAGCUCGUGGCAAUGGGGGACAUCGGGUUACGUCCCCGUUCCCUAUCCCGCCGUCCCCUUGAUUACAUCACAUUCCAACAGAUCAAUACUCCGCGCUCCUUCCCCUCU